AUGAACCGUAACAGCACCCCCGAAGGAAGCGCCCUGUCCUCGCUCCGACCACCGCAGUCGAGGACAUCAGUCGGCGCCGGUCCCUCCCUGCGAGCCUCUGCCGACGUCGCCGCCAUGACGGGCAGCACACCCGCCAGCCGAAUCCGUCCCUCGUCAGACUUCUACGGCCAGUCCCAGGGCCAGGGCCAAGGAGGUAUUGAUUCGGAGGACAAGAUGACACAGCAGUGGAUUGCCGACAUAGACCAGUACGAGACCACGCUCGAGGAGAUGGCCGCGGCUACGCUGGACCAGGACUUCAAGGAUGAACUCAGCGCUAUUGAACAGUGGUUCCGGGUCCUGUCCGAAGCUGAGCGCACUGCUGCCCUCUACGCUCUGCUACAACAGACUACCCAGGUCCAGAUUCGUUUUUUUAUUCAAGUCCUUCAACAGAUGGGUAAGAACCAUCCGAUGUCAGGCGUCCUGUCACCAGCAAACUUCGACAAAGAUCCCAUGUCGAACCGUCUGAGCGACGCUAUGAAUAAACUCAACGUGAACUCAUCCAGAAACUCUAUGCCCCAGGCUUCUGCCAAGAGAUUCUCUGGGCUCGAGCCGUCAACCAUCAAUGCCAUGUUCCCAGACGCUGCCGCGGCUAUUGCUACUGAAAAGGCAAAGUUCACCCAGCAAACUGGCCAGCAGCCACCCUCGAACCGCAACAGCACUGUGGUCGAUGUGAGAAACUCGCUCGCUCCAACCAUUGCAGAGGAGUCAAACGGUCAGCACCCUUCUUCUCCCUGGGGCGACGGUUCGAGACCUAAGUCUUCCUCAGGCCAGCCGCCUAUGGGACAAUUCGUGCAGCCUCCUCCUUCAGCGGGAUUAAGAUCGCCUCGCCCUCAGAUCGGAUCGAACCAGAACAUUCAAAGUCAAACAAUUAAUGCUCCCGACAAAUCCGCAUCCGACCUGCCCCUUCUUUCGCCUUACGGAGCUAGCGGGAACUGGGCGUCCAUGGUGAAUACGCCCAUGGUCCCCAACUUCAACAAUGGUGCGCCAAACCAAGCCGACAUGGUAGCCAAUGCCACUGCUAUGAAGCUUGCCGCACUUUCUACAGUCAACAACCGCUUUGCCCUCGACGAUGUCCGCAAGUACCGCCGAGCACGUUCCAACGAUGCCCCCGGUGCUGCCCAGAACCCGCUGUCCCCAGGCCUGCCGGGUGGCCUUCCUAGUACCAAUGUUGUUAUGAUUAACGAGCACGGUCAAGUACUGAAUCGCGACCAGCUACUUGCCAUUCAGAAUCAGCAGGCCAUGGGCGGUUUCGGCUCGCGCUCAAGGCCCAGCUCGCCAGGCAUUGCCAUGCAGGGAGGAUUCGGCGGCAUGGGCAACUUUGCUUCGCCGCAGAACAACGGCUUUUUGACAGCCUACGAUUCAAACAACCCACUACUGAACAACGGAUUGAACAUGGGUCAACUUGGUCUGGGACCGGACACUUAUCUAUCUGACUCUGACAUGCGGCGUGGACGAUCCCCUCGCGGUCGCCGUGGCAGCUCCAAGCCUCCGGAGGACCCGACUGACCCCUCGCUGCUUCAAGAUAUCCCUGCAUGGCUGCGUUCGCUCCGACUGCACAAGUACACGGACAAUCUCAAGGACAUGCAGUGGACUGACUUGGUCGAACUUGACGACAAAGCUCUCGAGGAUCGAGGCGUCAAUGCGCUAGGCGCACGUAGAAAGAUGUUGAAGGUUUUCGAGCAGGUCAAGGAAGCCAAGGCCGAUGGCAAGCUGAGCUAG